CAGUCUGUCACCCUCACUAGCGUCAUCUACAAGCGUUUACGUCCGAUGAAUAACAUAAUUUGAUGUCGAUAAUUCUCACGUGCUUAGCGCAAAUUCGCCCUCCCAAGAGUUAUUUAUUUCGUCGAAUUUGUCAAGGGCAUUGCAAAUUUUUGUCUACCAUGGCUGACAAAACGGCGGUGUGUCUAUUGGCCGAAGGUGCCGAAGAAAUGGAGGCCAUUGUCACUGUCGAUAUUUUGCGACGUGCCGGGGUAUCAGUAACUGUAGCAAGCAUCACUGAUAAAGAGUGCGUAAAAUGCAGUCGAGAUGUCAAAAUUUGUACGGACGCAAAGAUUGAUGAUAUCAAUGAUAAAAAGUACGAUGUGGUUAUACUUCCUGGUGGAGUAGGAUGGAAACAUUUAGCCGCUUCCCCUAAAGUUGGAGCAAUAUUGAAAGCUCAAGAAGCCGAAAGUCGUAUGAUCGCCGCAAUUUGCGCUGCACCUAAUGUUCUUAAAGCGCAUGGAAUCGCUAAAGGAAAGAAAAUUACAUCUUACCCUUCUGUCAAAAGCGACUUAAUUGAGGAUUACACAUACGUAGAUAAUGAUAUCGUCGUUUGUGACGGUAAUUUAAUAACUAGUCAAGGACCAGCAACUGCCUAUGCAUUUGGCUUAGCAAUUGUUGAAAAGUUGGUUAAUAAAGAAGCAGCAAAAAAAGUUGCAGAGGGUUUGCUGUACAAAGAUUUGAAAUAAAAAAAAUAAACCUUUUUGCAUUUUGACUUAAUAAAUUGUAAUUAGUUUUGUAAAAACAAUUAAAUAUGCAAGUACAAAAUGGUAUUUUGA